AUGGUGCGCAAGAAGCCGCUGAGUGAUGCUGAUGUGGCGCUGGUCCAGGGCCUGCUGGAGGAGGUGCAGCCCCACCAGGUCUUCGCGGCCGGUGACCUGUCGGACCCUCAUGGCACGCACCGCACCUGCCUGGAAGCUGUGCUGAAGGCCCUGGGCAACCUCAAGGCCAGCAACGCCAGCUGGAUGGCAGACUGCCGCGUGUGGCUGUACAGGGGUGCGUGGCAGGAGUGGGGCAUUGAUGAGAUGGACAUGGCGGUGCCCCUCAGCCCCCAGGAGCUGGUCACCAAGCGCCACGCUAUCUACAAGCACCAGUCCCAGAAGGACCGCCCGCUGUUCCCGGGGCCGGACGAGCGGGAGUUCUGGCAGCGGUCAGAGGCGCGCAACAGGGAGACGGCGGCGCUCUUUGACAGGCUGGGGCUGCCGGUGGGUGGCCCCGCACUGCCGGGGCUGCGCGUGGUAGCGCUUUUAUUCGGUUAG